AUGGCGCCUUCAGUGCCCUCUCGGAGGAUGCAGUGCCCGUCACGCAAGCUCCCCAAGGAUGAAUCUCAUUCCAAUAAUGAUACGCCUUUCGAGCUGGAGGAAAACUACCGCAACUCAUCGGAAGAAACCCUGGUGCCCGCCGAGAUCGAUCCGGUCCGCGGGAAGAAACGAAAUCUCCAAGUAAAGAAGAGGAAAAGAGCAUACGAGAAGUACUCGACCAACCAACAAGCCGCCCUCGACUUCCUCCAAAACAUGGACGUCACGACAGACGGCUGGUGUCAGCUCAGCACCCUCGCCCCCAACAAGCCCGGCGGCUACGCCCAGGUCAGCUCCGACGGCGCCAAGAAGUUCUGCACCCUCCAGGAGAUGGUCGUCUUCGCCGCCGGCCUGAAGACCUCGUCGGACACCCAGAUCUCCCAUCUGUGCGACAAGCCGCUCUGUACGGUCCCCAGCCACGUCACGGUCGAGUCGCCCGAGUACAAUAACAGGCGCAAGGGGUGCGUGGCGUGGAUGCCGUGCGGUCAUUACGUGGACUGUCCGCUCAGGACGCUCUGCUGCGAGCACCGGCCGCGGUGUAUCACGUUUGCGGAGGGGUUUGGGAGUUAUGAGGACUUUUUGGAAAGGGGGGUUCAUGAGAAGGAGUUGCUUCCGGAUGAGAUGUGUUUUCCGAGGAAGAGGAGGAAAGUUCGUUCUCAGAUUUGA